AUGAGUACAAUCGGAAAGUAUUUUGUAUUAAACCGCCAAAAGUAUUUUAUCCUCGCCAUCUUCUGCUGCACGAUUGGUGUCGUUUACAUCAUCAACGAUGGCACCUUCAGAAUAUCAUCGCCCGUGGAGACUACAUUCUUCUGGAUAGACCGGGUUCUAAACCAGCCUGCUCCGAUCAAGGUCGAGCCCAAACAGGCGUGUAUCCAUCCGCCGAUAAAGAUCGACGACCCUGUGAUGAUGUCGUACUACAAAAAACUUCCGCCGCCCGUGUGUGAAGGCGAGAACUGGGUCUACAUCGACAACGGUACCUUGAGGUUUUCUAAAUCAGUCUUGAAGAAGUACGGGAAUUUCACAUGUGAUUUUUAUAACCUGGUGAGGGUUCAUGAAAGACAAGUUACCUGGGGAAGCGCCUGGAGAAACAUCCCCGAGGGAUACCAGUUCCCGAAUGAUUUUUUCAAAGUCUCGUGUAAAGACAAAAACAACCACACCUACGAGGGCGUCCACGCCGGCGUCGCCUACACCCACGACCGCGCCAACAGACCGGAAGUGGAUUUAAGCGAAGGCCUGGGCGGGCUGAGUGUUGUCAUGUUCGGGUUCGACUCCAUGUCAAGACUGUCGUGGCUGCGGCGUCUGCCCAAGACGCGGGAGUACCUGGUCAGCCUGGGCGCCAUAGAGCUGCAGUCUCACAAUGUGGUGGGGGACGGGACGACGGCCGUGUUUCUGCCCCAGUUCACGGGCAAGUUUGAGUGGGAACUCCCGGAAAGCGAUCUUGAUGAGGAUGACGCCAUACCCAUGGAUAACUUCCCCUUUCUCUGGCACGAGUUUAAGAAAGCCGGGUACCUGACGUCAUGGGCGGAAGCUCUGUCCGGCACCUUCACCUGGCGGAUGCUGGGGUUCAACCAGCCGCCGACCGACUUCUUCACCCGCCCCUUCUUCUACGCGCUCAAGGCCGCCCGUGAGUACCUGGAUCCUUGUAUCGGCUCACAGAGAACCAUCGAGGUUUGGCUCAACUACUUCCGGGAUAUCUUCCUCAUGUACAGGAACAAGCGGAAGUUCCUGGUCCACUUCCUCUCCGAGAUGAGUCACGACGACAACAACAAAAUCACAAAGGUCGAUGAUGAGGUAAAAGACAGCAUAAAAUUCCUAUACGACGGUGGUUACCUUGACAACGCAAUGUUUAUUAUGUUAGGGGACCAUGGCGCCAGGUACGGGAAAAUCCGCUCUACCUGGCAAGGUAAAAUAGAAGAGAGGCUGCCCUACUUCUCCUUCCUGUUCCCCAAAUGGUUUGAAGAGAAAUACCCCGAAGCCAUUCAAAACCUGCGGACAAACGCACAUAGACUGACCACGCCUUUUGAUAUCCACGAGACGUUGAAAGAUUUUUUACGUUUGGAUGGGACGGGGGUGGGGAAUCUCUCCAACAGAGGGAUCAGUUUGUUUAAAGAGAUUCCAUUGGAGCGGACGUGCGAGCAUGCGCACAUAGCAUCUCAUUGGUGCGCAUGUCUAGCGUGGAAAAACAUGUCAUCUGAUGACCCGUAUGUGCAAAACGUCACCGAAUUCGCCGUGGCCUACAUCAACAACCUCACUUCCGGUUUCAGAGACGACUGCGCAGAGCUUAAGGUAGAGAACGUCACGGCGUCUUCCAUGCUGGAAAGUCGGAAAGCUCUUUUAACUCACGCAGAAUACAGCACCAGCGACAUGACCUUGUUCCAGUUGACCUUUUACACCACGCCGGGUCACGGUCAUUUCGAGGUCACGGUCACGCACAACAAAGUCACCAACGUCAUGACGACCAGCGAGAAAGAGAUUAGCCGUAUCAACAGGUACGGCAACGACGCGGCGUGUAUGUAUAGCAAGAACAAUCAGAUCAAACCGUAUUGUUAUUGUAAAAAUAAAUUGAAAUAG